AUGCCUUCCAUUCGCAGUCUCGCGCUGCUCGGAUCGUUCGGUCUUGCCUCUGCGGCUUCAGUCUUGAGUCCUCGCUCCGUCGACUUGGAUGCCUGCCCAGGUUACAACGCGAAGAAUGUCAAGGAGAACAAGAACGGCUUCGUUGCCGAUCUUACUUUGGCUGGAAAAGCCUGUGAUGUUUACGGAAAGGACUUGAAGGACUUGAAGUUGGAGGUUACUUACGACUCCAACACUCGUAUCCACGUCAAGAUCACCGACCCCGAAGGCAAGCGCUACGAAGUCCCCGAGUCUGUCGUUCCCCGUCCUACCACCAAGGCCACCGGAAGCGCCAAAAAGUCGGACAUCGUCUUCGAGUACAAGCAGUCCCCCUUCAGCUUCAGCGUCACCCGCCGCAGCACUGGUGAGAAGCUCUUCGACACCACCGGGAACGCUCUCAUCUUUGAGAGCCAGUACCUCCGUUUGAAGACCAACCUUCCCGAAAACCCAAACAUCUAUGGCCUUGGAGAGCACACCGAAUCUCUUCGUCUCAACCCUACCAACACCACCCGUACUCUCUGGUCCAGGGAUUCCUAUGGUGUCCCCCAGGACUCCAACUUGUACGGAAACCACCCGGUCUACUAUGAGCACAGGGACUCUGGAACCCACGCUGUCCUCAUGUUGAACUCCAACGGAAUGGACAUCAAGCUCAGGAACUCCAACACUACCGGAGCCUACAGCUUGGAGUACAACAUUAUCGGUGGUAUUCUUGAUCUUUACUUCUUCGCCGGUCCCGACCCGAUUGAGGUUGCCAAGCAGUACUCCGAAGUCGUUGGAUUGCCCGCCAUGAUGCCCUACUGGGGAUUCGGUUUCCACCAGUGCAGAUACGGAUAUCGUGACUGGAUUGAUGUUGCUGAGGUCAUUGCAAACUACUCCAUGGCUGGAAUCCCUCUUGAGACCAUGUGGACCGAUAUCGAUUACAUGUACGAGCGUUGGGUCUUCACCCUCGAUCCCGAGCGUUUCCCCGUCGACAAGGUCCGCGAGAUCGUUGAUUACCUCCACGCCCACGACCAGCACUACAUCGUCAUGGUCGACCCUGCAAUUGCCUACCAAGACUACCCUGCCUUCAACCGCGCUCUCGAGUCAGACACCCUCCUCAAGGAGGCCAAUGGCACCGUCCACAAGGGUGUUGUCUGGCCUGGUGUUACUGCAUACCCCGAUUGGUUCCACCCUAACAUCGAGUCCUACUGGAACAAUGAGUUUGCCGAGUUCUUCAAUGCUGAUACCGGUGUCGAUAUCGAUGGUGUCUGGAUCGACAUGAACGAGCCUGCCAGUUUCUGCUCAUACCCCUGUUCGGACCCCGAGGGCGAGGCCAUUGCGCAGCAGAUGCCUCCCAAGAGACUCCCUGUUAGGGACCCUCCUAGGUCGAUUCCUGGCUUCCCAUCCACCUACAGCGCAAAGAAGACUAGGUCUAUUGAUGUCGUUUCUGGUGCUGCCAACAAGGUUAGGGCUCGUAGAGCCAGUGUUGAGGUUGACUUGAUCUCUCCCCCGUACAGCAUUGCCAACGAUGCUCCUUACGGUUUGAGUGACCGCACUGUUCACACUGACAUUGUCCACUACGGUGGUUACAUUGAAUACGACACUCACAACCUUUAUGGAACUAUGAUGUCUGAUGCAACCUACAGCGCUAUGUCUGCCCGUCGCCCUGGUCUCCGCCCCCUUAUCAUUACCCGUUCCACCUUUGCUGGUGCCGGAAAGAAGGUCGGAAAAUGGCUCGGUGACAACCUCUCCACCUGGGAACAAUACCGCUGGUCCAUCCCCGGUAUGCUCGGCUUCGCCUCAUUCUACCAGAUCCCCAUGGUUGGUUCUGAUGUCUGCGGGUUUGGAGCCAACACCACUGAGACUCUCUGCGCUCGUUGGACAACUCUUGGUGCAUUCAACCCCUUCUUCCGUAACCACAACGGUGACACCUCAAUCUCCCAGGAGUUUUACAGGUGGCCCAUGGUUGCCAAGGCUGCGAAGAAUGCUAUCGAUAUCCGUUACAGACUCUUGGACUACAUUUACACUGCCUUGUACAAGCAGCAUAAGACCGGUGUUCCAUUGAUCAACCCCUUGUUCUUCAAGUACCCCAAGGACAAGAACGUUUACGAUAUCGAAUACCAGUUCAUCUACGGUGAUUCUAUCCUCGUCUCCCCCGUUACCGCCGAGAAUGUCACCACUGUCGACAUCUACCUUCCUCAAGGCCAGUUCUACGAGUUUACCACCGGAAAAUCUGUUAAGGGUGAGGGCAAGUUUGUCACCUUGACUGAUGUUGACUAUGAUACCAUUCCUCUCCACAUCAUUGGUGGAUCCAUCCUCCCUCUCAGGUCUGAGUCUGCUAUGACCACCACCGAGUUGAGGACCAAGCCUUUCAACCUCAUCAUCGCCCCCGACAGCAAAGGAUACGCCAAGGGUUCUUUGUACGUUGAUGACGGUGAAUCUCUUGAGCAGGAGAAGACUUUGUCUGUGGAGUUUGUUUACAAGAACAAGAAGCUCUCAGUCAAGUGCAAUGGCGGUUUCUCGGGUGUCAAGGUUGAGAAGGUCACUUUGCUUGGUGCGUCCAAGAAGAGGUCCAGGGAUGUUGAUGAGAACGGUGUUUUGGUUGUCGAGGCUGAGAAGGAAUUGUCUGGCGAGUGGACUUUGGACUUUUAG